CCUUGGCCCGAAGGCUCUAGCGGGGACCCACCGGCGGCGGCGGCGGCGGCGGCGCGGACUUUGGCCGUGCGGAGGACCGAGCGGGCUGUGCGUGAGCGGGCGGGCCGCAGCGAUGUUGGCUUUCGCGGCCAGGACGGUGCCCGGGCAAGUGGCUGUCUCUUGCUAGGUUCUGCUCACCCACUGGGUAGCACAGUUAGGCUUAGAGGUCCAGCCCAAGGCAGACAGACAGGGCUCAGAACUUCAGUCCUGCCAUGGAGGACGGGCAGCAGAAAGAGAAGGUGAAGCCCCUGGGCUUCCUCAAGCCCUCCUCCUUGAUGAAGGUCUCCAGCCGCUUCAAGGCACACCAGGAUUCACUGCCUCGACUGCCCGUGCCUGCGCUUCAGCAGUCCUUGGACCGCUACCUCAAGGCGCUGCAGCCCAUUGUGAGCGAGGAGGAGUGGGCCCAAACCAAGCAGCUGGUGGAAGAGUUUCAGACCUCGGGGGGUGUCGGGGAGCGGCUGCAGAAGGGGCUGGAGCGCAGGGCCAGGAAGACGGAGAACUGGCUGUCCGAAUGGUGGCUCAAAACAGCCUACCUCCAGUACCGCCAGCCCCUGGUCAUCUACUCCAGCCCUGCUGUGGCACUGCCCAAACAGGACUUUGUGGACCUGCAGGGACAGCUCCGGUUCGCUGCCAAAUUCAUCGAGGGCGUGUUGGAUUUCAAGGCCAUGGUUGACAACGAGACCCUGCCUGUGGAGUACCUGGGGGGUAAGCCGCUGUGCAUGAACCAGUACUAUCAGAUCCUGUCCUCCUGCCGUGUGCCGGGCCCCAAGCAGGACACGGUCAUCAGCUUCAGCAAGACCAAGAAGCCGCCCAUGCACAUCACUGUGGUGCACAACUACCAAUUUUUUGAGCUGGACGUGUACCACAGCGAUGGGACACCGCUGACAUCCGAUCAGAUCUUCAUGCAGCUGGAGAAGAUCUGGAACUCAUCGCUGCAGACCAACAAAGAGCCCGUGGGCAUCCUCACCUCCAACCACCGCAACUCCUGGGCGAAGGCAUACAACACCCUCAUCAAAGACAAGCUGAAUAGGGAGUCAGUACGUUCCAUCCAGAAGAGCAUCUUCACCUUGUGCCUGGACGCACCCAUGCCUCGGGUCUCAGACGACGUGUACCGCAGCCACGUGGCUGGCCAGAUGCUGCAUGGGGGUGGGGGCAGGCUCAACAGUGGCAACCGCUGGUUUGACAAGACGCUGCAGUUCAUUGUAGCAGAAGACGGCUCCUGUGGGCUUGUGUAUGAGCACGCAGCAGCGGAGGGGCCCCCCAUCAUUGCCCUCGUGGACCACGUCAUUGAGUUCACGAAGAAGCCUGAGCUUGUGCGGUCCCCCAUGGUACCCCUGCCCAUGCCCAAGAAGCUGCGGUUCAACAUCACACCCGAGAUUAAGAGUGACAUUGAAAAGGCAAAGCAGAAUCUCAGCAUCAUGAUCCAGGACCUGGACAUCAUGGUGAUGGUGUUCCACCACUUUGGGAAAGACUUCCCCAAGUCAGAGAAGCUGAGCCCAGAUGCCUUCGUCCAGAUGGCCCUACAGCUGGCCUACUACAGGAUCUACAAACAGGCAUGCGCCACAUAUGAGAGUGCCUCUUUGCGCAUGUUUCACUUGGGCCGCACCGACACCAUCCGCUCCGCCUCCAUGGACUCGCUGACCUUCGUCAAAGCCAUGGAUGACCCCAGUGUGUCGGAGCACCAGAAGGUGGAGCUGCUGCGGAAGGCGGUGCAAGCCCACCGAGCCUACGCUGACCAGGCCAUCCGAGGGGAGGCCUUCGACCGGCACCUGCUUGGUCUGAAGAUGCAGGCCAUUGAGGACCUGGUGAGCAUGCCUGACAUCUUCAUGGACACCUCUUACGCCAUUGCUAUGCACUUCAACCUCUCCACCAGCCAGGUCCCUGCCAAGACAGAUUGCGUCAUGUUCUUUGGGCCCGUGGUCCCAGACGGCUAUGGCGUGUGCUACAACCCCAUGGAGACGCACAUCAACUUCUCUGUGUCAGCCUACAACAGCUGUGCCGAGACCAAUGCAGCCCGCCUGGCGCACUACCUGGAGAAGGCACUCCUGGACAUGCGCGCUCUGCUGCAGAGUCACCCUCGGGCCAAGCUGUGAGCCACCUCCCAUGCUCAGGCCUGCCAGUGUCACAGCCAAGCCACCCAAGGGGAUGGGCCACCCACCAGACUUCUACUCCUUUACUCCCUCCCCCACCUGGAGCCUGCAGAUCUGACUGAUAUGGGGAGGCAUCCCCCAGCAGGGCCUGCAGGCCUGAGCCAGUGCCUUCCAUCGGUCAGCCUCAGCACUGCUGGGGCCCGAGUCCUGGGCUGAGUUCAGAGGCUGAGUAAGGCAUCAGGUCCAGGCACCCAGCGCGUCACCUGUGAGCCCUCCUACAGGGAAAGGAACCAGAGGAGCCCCUCCCUUGCCAGGGCAACAGACUGGGAAGUCCUUUUCUGGCUAGCUCAGUCCACUGCCUCCUGUGCUGCUGGGCUGGUGUCUGUACCCCGAUACCCAGGCUCCCGAGGAACUAGACACAGGACUACCUAGAGCCAGGGGCUCCAGGCCGCCCCCCAAGGCCAGGGUGUGAGGUGUACCGGUAAGGGAAACUCAAGACCUUGAUCCAGCCCACCUCACAUGGCGGAACCAUCUUUCCUGGGGGCUGCUACGUUUUUGUGGAUGAUGUGGCCCAAAGGCCCCAACUUGCUCGCUUCUACUCAGCUUGAUUCCUGAACCAUGUUCAAGGUUAUAUAACAGUAACGUGCAAGGUGAUUAAUAAAGGAGAAAUUUGUCAGUGAA